CUCCAUGCCGGCAAGGAAGUUUCUGCUCCGAUUUACGAUCGAAUCGCGUGUUGACCAGCACUCUCAGCAGCUCGAAAGCGGCGUAACAGCAAAAGCCAGGUUUUCCCAAGCCAGUCUCCUCGACAGUUGAGAUUCGCGCAAAAGAUGAAACGUGUGUGAGUGUAUCCCGCGGGUUGUCGCCGUGCGUAACGUUUGUGCGCUGCCUGUGAUCCCGACUCGGAGGUAUCCAUCCCACCCACACAGUCGCGCGCCGAUCACACAGUCGAGCGCAAUUGCGCGCACACACGUACAGUCGCAGUCGCGCGCCUCUUUCUCCUCUCUUUAUUGCGUGGGGAGCGAGUGAGUGGCGGCCAAGGUACACGACGACGCGCAUAGUAGUGUGCCGCACGUCGAGCAGUCCGAUACGUCUGCGCCGCUCUUUCUAUCGUUCUCCCUCUCGCUCUCUCUCUCUCUCUCUCUUUCUCUUCGAGGAGUGUUGCUCUCCGAGUUAGUCGCUUCCUCGUGCUGUGCAGUCCCCGCGCGAGUGUGUAAUCUGUGCACGAUCGUCAGUCGUGAGAGCGCCAAAUCACGACGGCGUAACCGGACAUUCCGGCGACCGGGGAGAGAAGCAAGUUGCAGCAGCAGCGUGGACGGUGUUUCGGAGCGGCGGAGCAGAGUCGGAGCUGCAGCAGCAGCAGUGGAGAGUCAGGCAGCCGGAGCAGAUCAAGCCAAGAUGAAUCGCCUGAGCAGGUCGUGCAAGUUCAGCUCGGCAUCCGGCCACCGGAGGCCUUGAGCCGCCGCAAGAGAUUAGGCAGCAGCAUUGUGGUCUGAGCGUGCAGGCGGCGACAGCAGCACAGAAGAAUAGCCGGCGUCCGCGAGGUAGCCGAGCCGAGCCGAACCGAGCCCAGCCCAGAGCGAAGCAAGCCGGAGAAGGAAGCGCAACGGCGAGGCAAUAGUGCUCGGGGCCGUUUGGCAGAUGGGAGAGGCUCUGGCCGGGCCAGCAGCGGCCGGCACCACUCACACUCGGCCGCGCAAUCACCAUCAAGCUGGAAUUGAUGGAGUUGGAGAACAUCGUAGCCAAUACCGUAUACCUCAAAGCGAGAGAAGGUGGUGGUGACAGCAACAAGGGCAAGAGUAAAAAAUGGCGCAAGAUUCUUCAGUUCCCGCACAUAUCACAGUGUAUCGGACUCAAAGAUAAGCUCGACAUCCGAUACGGCUAUGUGGUCGACCAGCAGCCGAUCGGCCGACUGCUGUUCAGGCAGUACUGCCAGGACAAGAAGCCGGCCUACCACCGUUACAAUCUCUUCCUCGACGCCAUCGAGAAGUACGAGGUGGAGAUGGACGAGAACCGCACGGAGUUGGCCAAGCGUGUCUUCGACCAGUUCCUCAAGCACGACGACUCCGGCGUGGUUGACAUACUCAACAACGCCCUUAUCGCCCAGUGCGAGGAGAGGCUCGGCAGUGCCGGCAAGGAGAUCUUCGCCGACGUCGCACAGAUCGUCAAGAACUUUUUGGCCAGCGAGCCCUUUGCCUCAUUCCUCACGUCUUUCUACUUCUACAGGUAUUUGCAGUGGAAGUGGUUGGAGGCGCAGCCAAUAACGUACAAGACAUUCCGCAUGUACCGAGUGCUGGGUAAGGGCGGCUUCGGCGAAGUGUGCGCCUGUCAAGUGCGCGCCACCGGCAAGAUGUACGCCUGCAAGAAGCUGGAGAAGAAGCGGAUAAAAAAGCGCAAGGGCGAGGCAAUGGUGCUGGUCGAAAAGAGCAUCCUGCAGAAGAUCAACUCGAAAUUCGUGGUCUCGUUGGCCUACGCUUACGAGACCAAGGAUGCGCUGUGCCUCGUGCUGACUAUCAUGAACGGCGGCGACCUCAAGUUCCACAUCUAUAACAUGGGCGGCGAGCCUGGCUUCGACAUCAACAGGGCGAGGUUUUACGCGGCAGAGGUUGCCUGCGGACUGGAGCACCUGCACCAACAAGGCAUAGUGUACCGAGACUGCAAGCCAGAGAACAUACUUCUGGACGACCACGGCCACGUGCGUAUCUCGGAUCUGGGUCUGGCCGUGGAAAUCACCGAGGGGGACAUGGUCAGAGGUCGAGUCGGCACGGUGGGCUACAUGGCGCCGGAGGUGAUCGACAACGAGAAGUACACUUUUUCGCCCGACUGGUUUAGCUUCGGCUGUCUCAUCUACGAGAUGAUCGAGGGCCAGGCACCUUUCCGCGCACGUAAGGAAAAGGUGAAGCGAGAGGAGGUCGACCGACGAGUCAAAGAGGACCAAGAAAAGUACUCGCACAAGUUCAGCGACGACGCCAAGAGUCUCUGCCAGCAGCUGCUGAAGAAGAACCCGAAGAACCGACUAGGCUGCAAGUGCGGCAGGCACGGCGCAAAGGAGGUGAAGAUGCAUCAGUUCUUCCAGUGUUUGAACUGGAAGAGGGUGGAGGCAGGCAUGUGGGAGCCACCCUUCAUUCCCGACCCCCACGCGGUCUACGCCAAGGACGUGCUGGAUAUCGAGCAAUUUUCCACAGUGAAGGGCGUCAAUUUGGACGCGCAGGACGACACGUUUUACAGCAAAUUCAAUACAGGAAGCGUGUCCAUACCAUGGCAGACCGAGAUGAUAGAGACCGAGUGCUUCAAGGAGCUCAACGUGUUCGGCCCGAACAAUACGCCCACCCCAGAUCUGCUGAUAAACCAUCCGCCGCCCAACAAUGAGAACCGAGGCUGCUUUCCCUUCCGCAGAAAGAAGAAGCAGAGCGCGCGAACCCGUGAGAUUCCGCUAUCAGAGUGCCAUUUGCUAGAACUAUCACAAAGCCAAAGCUCGGAGAUGCCGCUCAGCUGAUCCAGGAUGAACUCGGCCAACAACGGCAACGCAGUGAUGACGGCGACGACUGCGACGAUAACGGAGGAGUCGUCAGCGCCUCCAAGGCAGCUCUGCUGCGGCAAUCUACGCCGCCACCUCGCCUGGAACUCGGACAAGCCCGACGACGCCUGAUUGCUUCCGUAGUCACUCGACAACGGGCCAAUGUGUCUCGUGAUUACUGGAACGAGCUGAGCUCUCAACCGCAAACAGAUAGGCCGAGAGAGAGAUUGACACAGAGCGAGAGAGUGGAGGGGAAAUUCCUUUUUUAUUUUGCCUGUAUUCUCUUUUUAUUCAUGCUAACGACACUUGUUGUUUUUUUUUUGUUUUUUAAUACUGAGAACGAAGAAUCAAAGAUUGGAGCACAAAUAGUCAAGUUAUAUACAAGCUUUGGAUAUUCGUGUGCGCGCGCGUUGUAUAUCCUUCUCGAUGCCCCAGGUGACAUUUUUGCAUUUUUUUUCCUAAAUUUUGCGUAAAAACAUUUUAAAGAUAAAUAUUAUUGUUCGUGCGAUCUGACGCGACAUUGUUAUCCCAAGUAAAACAGGGCUAAACAAUUUAGAACAAAUUACGUCUUAAGCGGGAGAAGUUGGUUUAGUCUAAAUAAAAAAAAAGCGUUCUUGUUACGAUAAACCAAGAUCCUCGGGGAUUGGAAUAAUAAAUACUUACUUACUGUCGAGGCAUUGUGAGCGCGACAUUAAUUAAGGUCGAGAAUGUACCUCUUGAUACAAAAAUAUCGUUGUCGUCGCUGUUCUUUUUUUAAAUAUACAUUAUUCGAAAAAUUCCCAUUUUAUAUACGUAUAUGCAUACAUAUAUGCGAUGUAUAGGACAUGCACGAAUAAUUUUGCAAAAUUUUGAGUGCAAUACUAUAUUAACAGUUUAUACUUCAUAAGCUAAGAACAAAAAUAAUGAGAUUAUUUUAUGUAACGUAUUUUUAUCGAUAUUUUACCACUAUAUAAUGAACUACAUCAUAUUACCACGGUAAAUUGAUAAACUUUGUUUAAAUUGUGUCCUCAAGUGACCGUAAAGUCAUUUCAUUGAAGAAAGAAAGCACGAUAAUUAGUCGAAAAUUAGUGAACAAAGGCGAUGUCAGCUGUGCAGGGUGCCUGUCGUUUAUCCCACAACUGAAAUUAGUUUUAUCAGUGUGUAACGCGGACUACGUGUACGGUACAUCUCUUAAUACAAAGCAAAUUUCUUCAUUUUCGUAAUGUUUUAUUCGAGGUCGCUACGUAUUUCGCUAGACUAGCUCAUUUCGUAAUGCUAUUUUUGCCGAAUACGUACCUAUCUACGUCUCUCAGUAGUCAUUUUUUAUAAGAUACGAUCUUUUUUGUGAUGACGCGAGAAAAGCUCAAAAGGAUAAUUUCGUUUACACUCGGAUACUCGCGUCUAAAACUUUUCUAAAUAUAUAUUCAAAAUUUACAAGUACAUAAGUAGUGAACAAAAAACAAUUUGUCAAAAUUGCACCCGUCCGUUAGGAAAUACAGAAACCUCGCGUUUUUUUCGCGGCUCAUGCAAUUUAUCGUGAAAUAUAACAGAGAUCACUUACAAGCGGACGAGACAAAAAUUCUGGGAGCGCACGUUUUCUUACUUCGGCUCAUGGCACAAGUUAAACGAAAAAAAAUAACAAUGUUUACGUAUAAGCAACUGCAAUUAUAGUAACUUAAUGAACAAAAAAAAAUUACCACACUAAGAAAACAAGAAAAAGAGAUGAAAGAAUGAAGGGAUUUGGCGACUGGCGUUUAAAAUGAAAAAUUACUCCUCGUUCUCGUUUGAUUUUAUAUAAAUAUAUAUCUUAUAGAUUUGUACGCCUUGUACAAGAUAAAAAUGUGUGUUCAUCCUACUUGUAUAACCGUGUAAUAAGCUGAUUUCAAUAUUCGUUAAUGUGUCGCGAAGAUGGUCGAGCACCGUUGAGAGGUUUUUACUCGUGAACUUCCUGCUUUCGUAUGGUUUACAUUUUAUUUUUAUUCUCCUCGGGAGUGAUAAUGGAAGUGUUACACAAGGUUAAUACAUUCUUUUUCUAGAAGCUAUGGUAACUGAUAAAAGUCAAUGCUGCAAGAACGUACAAAAGAAUAUCGAAUUAUUCAUAUUUUUUGAAAAUGCAAUUUGAUAUAUUUCAAUUGAGUAUGUGUUCAUAAAUAAGUGUUGUACGCUAUGUAAAUUAAUCUUUCCCGCACAGACAAACAUAAAAGUAUGUAUUUUUCAUGAAAUCUUAACAAAAACAAAAAAAACACGUAAUUUUAAAUUGAUAUGAUCGAAAAUCCAUGAUACUGCCUGGAUACACUCAUUAGCAGUAAAAAUAAUUCAUUUGAUUUAUAUCAAUUCGUGGCAGUUCUUUGUGAUAAUUAAAUUGAACAGCUAGAAUAUUUAGCGAUUGAGAAAAAAAGUACAGAAGUUGAUGUGUUGAACAAUGUUUAUAAAGCGCAAAUCUAAACCAUAUGUAAUAUUAAACGUACGUAUGUUCUCCUCAUUUAUAACAACCUCAUCGUCAACAACAGAAAGCUGCGACAAUCCCAGGAAGCUAUCAUAUUCCAGUACCUCUUGUAAUGUAGUCUUGUUGUGCAAAUAUGCGCCUGGUAUAGCCACUGUAAAUUAUCAUAAUCACAGUUUUGAGCGAGAGGAGGAGUGCGAAAGAGCAAGAGCGAUAAACUGAUCUUUGUACACAAAAGCCUGUUCUUCCAAAAGUGAAAAAAAGCGCUGCGUAUGCAAGUCAGUGAGAGAGUGAGAAAGAGAGAGAGAGAGAGAGAGAGAGAGAAAGAGAGAGAGAGGGAGAGAGAAAAUGAAUGAGCAACGAGCUCUCCGACAACUUAUCGAAUCUCAUUAAAAGAAUCUACGUAAACGACUGGACAAUUUUUCUCCGUUUAUUAGUGUAAAUCAACAGGUGCGUAACUUGCAAAUACGUAAAGCGCAUGCGAACAUGUUAUUUUUUCUACGCUCGUCGUCUUCAAUUGAAUUCAACCUUCGUUUUUUUCCAACGUCAAAGUAUGAACUUCGUAAAGUUUCUUCGCCAACUCGUUAAUAUGUCACGCAAAGUAAAAAAAAGGAGAAAAAAAGAGAAGCUUAAUGUUCACAUUAUCGUAAAGCUGUCUUGCUUUCACAUCAACUGUAUAAGUGAGUGUUUAAGCCCUUACUGAUUAAUAAAUUUGCUUUCUACUUGGACAACGCCGUCAACAAUAUCGGUUGCUGCUGAACUUUUAUCGCAAUUGAUUUUUUUUAUAAUUUGUUAAGAAAUAUUUGUAUAGAUGUAACGGAACCGUCGAUAAAUAUUUGUUUUUUUACUAAUUUUAGUUUAAAAAUCUCUUUUUACGAUCGAAAGUACACGUGUUUAGUGGACUGAUGAUGAGUUGUCGAAAGUGCACGGAUACUUAUUCUUACAAAUAAGCUUCCGAGACGACGUAAUCGUUACAACGGCACAUCUAAGUACUUUACAAACGACAUUCCUUAGUGUAUUAAUAGUAUUGAAUGUUCUGCAACGUCAUGUUAUCUUUGAUGUAAUUUCUAUUCCUGACAAGCAAGCCUAAGGAAUUUUAUAAUUAUUGAGAAGAAAAAUAUGUUUUGUAGUAUUUAGUUUUUAUAUCUUUGAAUAGUGAUGUUUCAUCAGUCAAUUGAAAUUAUUGUUUUGAAAUUCAUCUCUUUAUUUUACGUUUUGAUGUUGAUUUUAUGGAAUUCAAUAUCGAAUAAUAUGUAAAAAAGAAUACCUCAUUACUUUGAAAGUAUUUAGACGUGUCGAAAUUUUCGCAAAGGGCUCAAUUUGUACCAUUCCACCAAAAUGUCUGUUGCGUUUUAAAUGCCAAUGUGUGAUUGUGAAAAAAUGUUAUGGUAAACUUUAACGAUAUUUAUUUUCCCAUUUGUUUAACUUUAAAUCAACAGAGUGACAACAAAAAUGCAAAAAGCGAACGUGAGAAAGAUUGUGUGCGGGUGGUGCAUAGUAUUAUAGUUGAUGACGUGUGAUUUUAAUAAAAAAUGAACAUGAAAUUGCUUAAAACAUAAAUAAAUGAUUGAAAAUUC